AUGGAAUUCAAUAGGACAGUGAUCUACCAUGAAGACGACUGCUCUUCAUAUCCAGACGUCUUUCCAGACCCGUCCACACAUCCCACUAUUGUAUCCAUAUUCUCGUGUUUAUAUGCAGUCAUUUUCGUCGUUGGUUUAACUGGCAAUCUGUGUGUAAUUAUCGCAACAAUGAGCUAUCGUACUCUGCAGUCUGUUCAGAAUAUUUUCAUCCUGAAUCUUGCGGCAAGUGAUGUAAUUCUGUGUCUGUUAAGUAUACCCUUAACUCCAAUCACACUAAUCAUGAAACAAUGGUAUUUUGGUGCUAUUCUAUGUCGUACUGUAGCAUUGAUUCAAGCGAUUGGUAUGUUCAUCGGAACGUUUAGUCUGUGUGCGAUCGCAGUUGAUCGAUACUUUCAACUUGUUGUUGCACCAGGCCGUCCAAUUCGUCGUUCACACGCAAUUCGUAUAACGUUGUUUAUAUGGAUGUUUGCAGUGUUAGUAACAUUACCAUAUGUAUUUCAUAUGUCCCUAAAACGAUACCCAGGCAUAUGUGGUGAAUUCUGCACUGAAGAGUGGCCUGAUGAGCUGUCGAAACGUCUUUAUACAUUCUUUAUUUUGAUAAUACAAUUCAUCAUUCCAUUCACUGUCAUGACAUUCUGCUAUCAUUCGGUUUUCGCGUUUCUGAAUCGAAGAGCACAUUCGCGCCUCACUUCAAUCGCACAACAAGCUAACUUGCUCUGUAUGCUUACCGCUACUGCAGGCGCUGACUCCUCACAAUAUCAUCAUGACCAGAGACGUGUUGCACAUCAGCACAGGCGAGUGACGAUCAUAUUAGCAAGUAUGGUGGUGAUAUUCGGUUUUACAGCAUUACCACACAAUAUUGUUUCGAUUAUCUACGAAUACGACUCUGACUACACAAUUAUGCAAGUGGACAACAAUGAUAUCACAUACCUGGUUAAUCUGUUUUCUCACUGCAUGGCAAUGGCGUGCUGUGUAGCUAACCCAAUACUUUAUGCAUUUUUGAAUCCAGAGUUUCGUGAUAUCGUUCUGAAUGCAAUGAAAUGGGCACCAUUCUUAAUGACUCGAUCAGUUCAAGAAGCUGACGCAACGCCUGUUUAA